GCUCUCUAUGGUGCAGCCGGGUCGGUGGCGGUAAGAAGAAAAAGGGGGACCGCACUGCGCAGGCGCCCUCGGCGUCUCUCUCGCUCUCUCGGUCUUUUUUUUUUUUUUUCCUUUUUUUUUUUUUUUAAUCCCCGCACCAAGCGCUUAACCUCAUUGGGGUGGAGGAGAAGGCGGCGGCUCUCUGGUCCGCAGCGGCAACAGUAACGAAAAACAGGGCUAAUGGACUGCUGAAUUAUGAAGUAUUUCAGACCCAAUAGUAGAACAUCACUCUGCCACUCACUCCUUUAUCUCCUACUAGUUAUUUAAAUUGGACUUUUAAUAUCCUACCAGCUGCUCUUCAGACACACAUGGUGCAUUGUUGCCAUUCCCCAGAUUGCAUCUUUGAAACACAGGCUCUUAGUAACCUUCAGCGAACAAAGAGGCAACCUCCCAGAUACGUCUGCUGGGAGGGAGUCAUCCUGACUGCCCUCUAGCUUUUGCUGGAUCUGGAUUUGAAUUCCACUAUGGAGCCUCGCAUGGAGUCCUGCCUGGCGCAGGUGUUGCAGAAGGAUGUGGGGAAACGAUUGCAGGUUGGCCAAGAACUGAUAGACUAUUUCUCAGACAAACAGAAGUCUGCUGACCUUGAGCAUGACCAGACCAUGUUAGAUAAACUUGUGGAUGGACUUGCUACCUCUUGGGUGAACUCUAGCAAUUACAAGGUGGUUCUGCUGGGCAUGGACAUCCUGUCCGCCCUGGUGACCCGGCUGCAGGAUCGGUUCAAGGCGCAGAUCGGCACAGUGCUGCCAAGUCUAAUAGACAGACUAGGAGAUGCUAAAGACUCUGUGAGGGAGCAGGACCAAACUCUGCUGCUAAAGAUCAUGGAUCAAGCUGCUAAUCCCCAGUACGUAUGGGACAGAAUGCUCGGAGGCUUCAAACACAAGAAUUUCCGUACUCGAGAAGGCAUCUGUCUCUGCCUUAUAGCAACACUCAAUGCCUCUGGAGCGCAGACUUUAACACUAAGCAAGAUUGUGCCACAUAUAUGCAACUUACUUGGAGAUCCAAACAGCCAGGUUCGAGAUGCAGCAAUAAACAGCUUAGUGGAAAUUUACAGACAUGUAGGAGAACGUGUGAGGGCAGAUCUCAGUAAAAAAGGAUUGCCACAGUCCCGAUUGAAUGUAAUUUUUACAAAAUUUGAUGAAGUCCAGAAAUCUGGAAACAUGAUACAAUCUGCAAAUGAUAAAAAUUUCGAUGAUGAAGAUUCUGUGGAUGGUAACAGACCUUCCUCUGCUAGUUCUACGUCAUCCAAGGCUCCACCAAGUUCUCGGAGAAACGUUGGAAUGGGAACCACCCGCCGGCUUGGUUCAUCCACCCUGGGAUCCAAGUCUUCAGCUGCAAAAGAAGGAGCUGGUGCUGUGGAUGAAGAGGAUUUUAUUAAAGCAUUUGAUGAUGUACCUGUAGUACAGAUUUAUUCCAGCCGAGACCUUGAGGAAUCCAUAAACAAAAUUAGGGAAAUACUAUCUGAUGACAAGCAUGAUUGGGAACAGAGAGUAAAUGCUCUAAAAAAGAUUAGAUCUUUACUUUUGGCUGGUGCCGCUGAGUAUGAUAACUUCUUUCAACAUUUGCGUCUUUUGGAUGGAGCCUUUAAACUCUCUGCUAAGGAUCUGCGGUCUCAGGUAGUGCGGGAGGCUUGUAUCACGUUGGGGCAUCUGUCAUCAGUUCUGGGGAAUAAGUUUGACCAUGGAGCCGAAGCCAUUAUGCCAACUAUCUUUAAUUUAAUUCCAAACAGUGCCAAAAUUAUGGCCACGUCUGGUGUUGUAGCUGUUAGGUUAAUUAUUCGGCACACACACAUCCCUAGGUUAAUACCUGUCAUAACAAGCAACUGUACCUCUAAGUCUGUCGCUGUUAGAAGGCGCUGUUUUGAAUUUUUAGAUUUGCUUUUACAAGAAUGGCAGACACAUUCACUAGAACGACACAUAUCAGUAUUAGCUGAAACAAUAAAGAAGGGAAUACAUGAUGCUGAUUCCGAAGCAAGAAUAGAAGCCAGAAAAUGUUACUGGGGUUUCCACAGUCACUUCAGCAGAGAAGCAGAGCACUUAUACCACACCUUGGAGUCCUCCUACCAGAAAGCCCUGCAGUCCCACCUGAAGAACUCAGACAGCAUAGUGUCUCUGCCUCAGUCAGACCGCUCGUCUUCCAGCUCUCAAGAGAGUCUAAAUCGUCCGCUGUCUGCCAAAAGAAGUCCCACUGGAAGUACCACAUCUAGAGCUUCUACAGUUAGUACCAAAUCUGUGUCAACGACUGGGUCCCUCCAGCGAUCUCGAAGUGAUAUUGAUGUGAAUGCAGCAGCCAGUGCCAAAUCCAAAGUCUCCUCAUCUGCGGGCACGACGCCUUUCAGCUCUGCAGCGGCUUUGCCUCCAGGGUCAUACGCAUCCUUAGGUCGGAUCCGCACAAGACGGCAAAGCUCUGGGAGUGCCACCAACGUCGCCUCUACACCUGAUAACCGGGGCCGCAGUCGCGCUAAAGUGGUUUCACAGUCCCAGCGAUCCAGAUCUGCUAAUCCUGCUGGUGCUGGCAGCCGGUCAAGUUCCCCAGGAAAAUUGUUGGGAAGUGGUUAUGGUGGACUUGCUGGGGGCUCCUCACGAGGCCCACCUGUGACACCGUCCUCAGAAAAGCGAAGCAAGAUUCCCAGGAGCCAGGGAUGUAGCCGGGAAACAAGUCCAAACCGAAUAGGAUUAGAUCGAUUUGGGCUUGGCCAGCCAGGAAGAAUACCUGGUUCUGUGAAUGCCAUGAGAGUUCUGAGCACAAGUACAGAUCUUGAAGCUGCUGUUGCUGAUGCUUUGCUGUUAGGAGACUCCAGGAGCAAGAAGAAGCCUGUGAGGAGGAGAUAUGAGCCGUAUGGAAUGUAUUCUGACGAUGAUGCCAACAGUGAUGCCUCAAGUGUUUGCUCUGAGCGCUCAUAUGGCUCCAGGAAUGGUGGCAUUCCCCAUUACCUGCGGCAGACUGAAGAUGUAGCAGAAGUUCUCAACCACUGUGCUAGUUCAAACUGGUCAGAAAGGAAAGAAGGGCUUCUGGGCCUGCAGAACUUACUGAAGAGCCAAAGAACACUGAGUCGAGUUGAACUGAAAAGGUUGUGUGAGAUCUUCACCCGAAUGUUUGCUGACCCUCAUAGCAAGAUUGCUGAUUCAGAAGCAGAAUGUGAGGAUAAAGAAGGAAAUUUGUUUCCAUCAGAAGUCUCUUGUACAAGAGUUUUCAGUAUGUUUUUGGAGACUCUUGUGGAUUUUAUAAUAAUUCAUAAGGAUGAUUUACAAGACUGGCUUUUUGUUCUUCUCACACAAUUACUUAAGAAAAUGGGAGCAGAUUUACUUGGAUCUGUGCAAGCAAAAGUUCAAAAGGCUCUAGAUGUCACAAGGGACUCCUUUCCAUUUGAUCAACAAUUUAACAUUUUGAUGAGAUUUAUUGUGGAUCAAACUCAAACUCCAAACCUCAAGGUCAAAGUUGCAAUCCUGAAAUACAUUGAGUCUCUGGCCAGACAGAUGGAUCCAACAGAUUUUGUAAACUCUAGUGAGACAAGGCUUGCUGUUUCUAGAAUCAUAACCUGGACAACAGAACCAAAGAGUUCAGACGUGAGAAAGGCAGCACAAAUUGUGCUAAUCUCUCUGUUUGAAUUGAAUACUCCUGAAUUUACCAUGUUACUUGGUGCCUUGCCAAAAACAUUCCAGGAUGGUGCCACCAAACUCCUGCACAACCACCUCAAGAAUUCCAGUAACACCAGUGUGGGCUCUCCAAGCAAUACGAUUGGCCGAACGCCCUCCCGACACACCAGCAGCAGGACCAGCCCCCUAACCUCACCCACCAACUGUUCCCAUGGGGGUCUGUCUCCAAGCAUGCUGGACUAUGAUACAGAGAACCUGAACUCUGAAGAAAUCUAUAGUUCUCUACGUGGAGUUACAGAAGCCAUUGAAAAGUUUAGUUUUCGAAGCCAAGAAGAUCUGAAUGAGCCCAUUAAACGAGAUGGCAAAAAGGAAUGUGAUAUUGUGUCCCGCGAUGGGGGUGCUGCCUCCCCUGCCACCAGCGAGGUAGAAGGAGGCCGGACAGCUCUGGAUAACAAGACCUCGCUACUCAACACCCAGCCUCCACGCGCCUUCCCAGGACCGCGGGCACGAGACUACAACCCGUACCCCUACUCAGAUGCCAUCAACACCUAUGACAAGACUGCCCUGAAAGAGGCUGUGUUUGAUGACGACAUGGAGCAGCUUCGAGAUGUGCCCAUCGACCAUUCUGACCUGGUGGCUGACCUUCUGAAAGAGCUGUCCAACCAUAACGAGCGAGUGGAGGAACGGAAGGGAGCCCUGCUGGAGCUGCUCAAGAUCACGCGGGAAGACAGCCUGGGUGUCUGGGAGGAGCACUUCAAGACCAUCCUGCUCCUGCUGCUGGAGACCCUCGGAGACAAAGACCAUUCAAUUCGAGCACUGGCAUUGAGAGUUUUGAGGGAAAUUCUGAGAAAUCAACCAGCAAGAUUUAAAAACUACGCCGAGCUGACAAUUAUGAAGACUCUGGAAGCCCACAAAGAUUCCCAUAAGGAGGUGGUGAGAGCGGCUGAGGAGGCUGCGUCCACACUGGCCAGUUCCAUCCACCCGGAGCAGUGCAUCAAGGUGCUCUGCCCCAUCAUCCAGACGGCCGACUACCCCAUCAACCUUGCUGCCAUCAAGAUGCAGACCAAAGUCGUCGAGAGGAUCGCCAAGGAGUCGCUGCUGCAGCUCCUCGCCGACAUCAUCCCAGGCUUGCUGCAGGGUUACGACAACACCGAAAGUAGUGUGCGCAAGGCCAGCGUGUUUUGCUUGGUGGCAAUUUAUUCCGUAAUCGGAGAAGACCUGAAACCUCACCUUGCACAGCUCACAGGGAGCAAGAUGAAGCUACUAAACUUAUAUAUCAAGAGGGCCCAGACCACCAACAGCAACAGCAGCUCCUCCUCCGACGUCUCCACGCACAGCUAAUGGCAGCACCUGUCUCUUGUGUAGACCUAGAAGCAAUCGGUGGUGCCUCUCAGAGACCUCUCCCCACCCCCUUCAUCGGCUGCCCUGUCAGUACAAGGAGGCCCACAAAUAUUUAUUACAAUCAGUAUUUUGGUCCCUUCCAGCUUUUCUGUAGAAUCUUACUGGUAUUGAAUGUAAAGGAAGCAAGGCCUGUAUUGCAGUCUUCAUACAAAAUGAAAGGAGUAAGAACAGAAAAGAGCCAUGCUGAAACAUGUCUUGUACAGCCUGCUGCGAUGGCGAAACCAUGUGUGUGGGGUGCAGUUUUUAAAAAUCAGAGCGCUGUAGCCACUACUUGGUAGAAAGUAGCAUUUUUUUUUUUUUUCAGUUAAUAACGGAUUUGGGGGUGGGGUGGGGUGUUACUUUGUGUUCCUCCUCCUUAGCCUAUUUUCUUGUGAGUAUGGUCUGUGUGGGGCCCCUUUCACAGCUGACACCAUGAAAGGUGACACAUCUUUAAGUUGUGUUCUGAGACCUACUAAAAAUGGGAAUCAAGUCUUGGCAAGAACGGUCUGAAGAUGGCCUUUUAACAAACGCUAGGAAUUUUUCUUGUCAUAUCCGGACUGGAGGCCGACUGCCCUGGCUUUCAGCAUAGAAUUGGGAGUGUACCCCAGCAGUCUCCUUCCAGCCCUCCCUAAUCAACUCCACAGACAAGGUCCUCACCCCAGAGCUUCCAUGCAAAGGAAUUCUUCAAAUUUAAAUCUGGACACAAAAAUAAGAUAAAUGUAUGGCAUCAUGUAGGGAUGCCUGAGAUGGCAGUUCGUGAAGCACAGAAGAUAAAAGAGAAGUCUUUCAUCUUUACUGCUGAGAUCCUUGGGAACACUGUUGUCAUGGGGGUUCUGCCAAGAUCCACAUCCCUGGGCUACUUGGUGAUUCAGAUUUAGCAGCAACCUCUUUCCUCUCCCCGAAGUUCUGCUGAAGCUGUUCAGUUCUAACAUGGUCUCAGUUAAUCUGGUAAAUGCCAUCUUUACCAUCUUAGUUCUGACUUCUCCAUUUAAUGUGGGAUUAAGAGCAAAGAAAAGCCUAGAGAGACUGGAUAUCACAGUUUUCUUAAUGUUGUAAACCGAAGUCGUUCCUUGAAUGUCUGUUGAUGAAGUAGUCACUGUUUAAGGAAAAUAAUUAUGAGGUGUAGCAGAUUGCAGAAAACAGGAUUAGAAACACACUGAAAUAGAACACACGGUUAGAGUCUGCCUCCUCCUCAAGGAACCGCUACCCCCUCUACACACACCCUUAGAGCCUGAUUACUCCAAUAAAAGCAACUAGAGGUUUGCAGUCGGUUUAAAUAAAUUUUGACUAAAAUUCUUAAGCCAAA